CCUGAGGGGCUGCAGAGCCGGCUGUGCCCGCCCUUCCUCACAGAGGCCCUCAGGGACGGGCACCCCCAGCAGAGCCCGCAGACAGCCCAGCCCACGCUCUGGUAGGAUGGAAAAGCAGCUUCCUUCAUCAGACAGGGUGGAAAGUGCAAGCUGUUUGAGAUUUCUCAUGCUUUUGUGUCAGUUGUUGGGAAAUCAUUCUCUUCUGUACAAGUUAGGCACACAACAAAUAAAGUUUCACCAGAUCUACAGUUCAGCAGAGAAAGAAGCACAUUUGGUGUUCCUCUGGAAACCCUUGUACAGGAUGCAAAGCAAUGUGGGGUUCCUUCUCUUGUGACACAGAUGGUGGAGUACCUGGAGGUAUUUGGUCUGGAGCGUGUCGGUAUAUUUCGAAUUGGUGGCUCAGCAAAUAAAAUCAAGGAAUUGAGGCAAAAGUACAAUCAAGGGGAAGAAGUAGACCUUAUUAAUGAUGGAGAUGUUGAUUCUGUGGCCAGUCUCCUGAAGCUCUUUCUAAAAGAACUACCAGUGGCUGUUUUUCCAGACAAUAUUUGUUCUGGCUUGCUAAAAACUUUCCAAGAGCACAAAAUCAACACAACAGAAUGCAUAGAGAACCUGAGACAGUUGCUCAGCUGCCUGCCCAAAGCCCAUCAAAGCCUUCUUCAGUUCCUGUCUUCUUUCCUGUUAAAGGUAGCAACCUACAGUGCAGUGAAUUUCAUGACUCUGGAAAACCUGGCCAUCGUGUUUGGACCUGCUCUGUUCAAGAUUCCUGUCAGUCCCCUGGCUUGUGAAGAACAAAGGCUCUACAAUGGCCUCCUGCUGUAUUUGCUUCAGCACCAGGAGAUGCUUUUUGUUGACCUGAACCCUUGUUUCUCACAGGGACAAGCAGAUGGCCUUCAGGCAAGCAACACAGAAGAUGCAGGAGGGGACAGACUCACGUUGCUAAGCAUUCAGGAUAAGUCCUUCAACACGACAGCUUUAGCAGAGUGUGACGGGUAUUCAGACUCUGUGCAUGAAGAUCAAGCAGGCAGUUCCAGUCCCAGAGACGAUGAUAACAAAGAAAAUUACCCGGAUAACUCAGCUGUUUUAGAGGAAAGGCAGCUGCCUUUGCAAGACACUCAGCAGCUCAAGCAGCAGGUUGUAAUUGACUGCUCUCUAAAGCCUGAAAUGGGCAACUUAAAGCUGAGGAAACCUAAGCCCAUUGCCAAGAUAGAAAAUGGAAAAAGCCAUGAGGAAAGUCAGGAGCUGGAGUUUGCAUUGCCAGGCCUCUCAGAGUGGCAGGGGAAGGCUGGAUCCUCAGCUAAUAGCUAUGCACAGAACGUGGCUUUGAAAUGCCAGGAAGCAGUCGUGAGAUCCCAACCGAGAAUAGAUCAGAACACAAGCAUUUCACCAAAAGAAGCAACUGAUCAAUGUAACAGCUUAAAUGAGAAUUCUUUGUUGAAGCUGCAAGCCCUGGAAAGUGAUCUGUGCUCUGCAUUUCUGCCAGCCCAGGAGGAAACUCCCCAGCUGCCGGCACCCAAGGACACAGCCCCUUCUCCAGCCCAAAGCAGCGUGCAAGCUGAUGGGGCCGGUUGUGGAGAGCAAUAUCACUUCAUUUCUCCUAUUAUUGAUUUUAAUUUAAUGCAUCAGCAGAGAGAUAGCGAAGAGCCCGUGCCAGCCCACAGGGACUGGCAGAACGACAUGGAGAGCAGCCCACAGGAACAUCACUCCCUCAGGACCAGCCGCCUGCUGUAUCACAUCACAGACGGAGACAAUCCUCUCUUGUCACCACGCUGCUCUAUCUUUAGCCAAAGCCAGAGAUUUAAUCUAGACACAGAGUCUGCCCCUUCUCCGCCAAGUGCUCAACCUUUCAUGAUGCCAAGAAGCUCUUCUCGGUGUAGCUGUGAAGACUGCAAAGAGCCACAGACAGUCACACAACUUACCAAGCAUCUUCAGAGCCUCAAGAGAAAAAUUAGGAAGUAUGAAGAAAAGUUUGAGCAAGAAAAAAAAUACCUGCCUUCUCACGGUGACAAGACUUCCAAUCCUGAGGUUCUGAAGUGGAUGAAUGCUCUGGCCAAAGGUCGGAAGCAGCUCAAAGAGCUGAAACUCAGAAUGUCAGAAGAGCAAAACUGUACCUCCACAGCCCCCCAAAGAAAUGAGCACAGUGAAGGCAGUGGGACCCCUAAAGAGGCUGGCACACACGAGGCCACAAGCAUGGAACCAGCUCCCUCAGUGGAAGAAACCAUGGACAGUGUGUUGAGACGACUGAAGGAGAAAAGACAACACUUCAACCUUCCUGAGACCAUUAAGGUUAAGCAAGAAAAGAGUCUCAUGAAACCUCUUUACGACAGAUACAGAAUUAUCAAGAAACUUCUGGCUGCUCCGUCUUUGAUCACAACAAUUCAGGAGGAGGAAGACUCCGAUGAAGACCGUUCUCAAAGCAGCCAUGAGUUAUCGUCUGGUCCAAUGUCUUGCUUCCCUGUCGAAGAGCACCUGUGUUACUCCCAGGAGGAGAGUGAGCCUGCACAUAUUUCACCUCUGGAUGAAAAGAAAGUUUACAGGCAAACAGCCUUGUCUAUGUCCAAUUUACAUGAGGCAACAAUGCCUGUUCUGCUCGAACAUCUCAGAGAAACGAGAGCUGAUAAGAAGAGACUUCGCAAGGCUCUUCGAGAGUUUGAGGAGCAGUUCUACAAACAGACAGGAAGGAGUCCUCAGAAAGAAGAUCGGGUGCCAAUGGCUGAGGAAUACUCUGAAUACAAGCACACAAAAGCCAAAAUCAGGCUCCUGGAGGUUCUCAUCAGUAAGCAUGAUAUUUCCAAAACAAUUUGAAGUGAAUGCAAUGCUGUGAUAUUGUUCUCUAGGGGGGGAAAAAAAAAAUCCAAGCAAACAAACAAGUAAUGAAAAAGAGAAAGUAAUUUUACAGGUCUUGGUCUGCUGCACAAUUAUUUGACACACUGAGAUUUUUGAUGCACUUUACCAAUUUUAAUAGCUGUGAUGAGAAAGGACAGCAAUAUGCAAGAUAUUAAGCACGGGUGAGUGGACUAUAGUAUAUAUUUUUCCUUUUGAAAAGCCUUGAAGUGCACUGUGAGAAUGUUAAGAAAUUAAAAGGACACUGAAAUAAUGUAGAUUCUCAGUCUGACCUGCUCUGAAAGUGUGAGGGAGUGUUCUGCAGGUUUUUAGUACGUCUUAGUACAUUGCUAACGUGCCGCACAUUUGGUUCCAGAAUUAACACGUGUUAUAACUAAUUAGUAAUGUUAGCUAUUAAGGUGCUGAUUCACUAGAUUAAAAGAAAUGAAUUAAAGUGAGUGAAGGAAAAGCUCAGAGCAUACUCUAGCUGUGAAGACAGGGUUGCCAUUCAAAGAAAGGCGCACAGGAAGAAGCCAGGGCCGGGGGUAGAGCAGAGUGAUGCUGCUUGUGCAAGAAAAGGCCAGAACGUGACUGCCAAAUGGAGCUGUGGUGUUAUAGGAGUGAGGGAAAGUGCUUGGCAAAAUGAGCUACAGGUCACUGAGAACAGAUGGAACAAAUGUACUGGCUGCUGUCCUUUUCCCUAGUUCACAGGACCUAGCUCACAGAAUUUAAAAGUCAGUAAAUAGAUCAACUACAUGCUACUUUUGAUUUCUCUAUUAACCUUUGCACUUUGAUUUGCCUGACGCUCCAACAUUUGCUUCUCUAACUACCAAAGCUCGUUUAGACGCAUGCACUUUGUAAAAUGUUGAAGUACUUCUUGUGUUAUGAAUUGCCACAUAUAUAUAUAUAUAUAUAAACAGGACUAGAUUACUGCAUUAUGCUAAGAUAUUUUGGAUAGAUAAAGUACAUGGUAUAUAAGUGAGUGUCACAGUUAUCUGAUGAGGACUGCUAGACUUCUUGUUUACUGAAAAUAAGGUUAUAAAAAGUUAUUUUUCCAUUGGAAUUAUGCAUCUUUCUUAACUUUCAGAGCACCACACUUUGUAAUAUUAAGGACAAUUGCCACUGUUUGUGAUAGGCCAUUGGUGUGAAAAGUACACUAGUAAUAGAAGGAUUAUCAAUAGGUUUUGUACUAGAAAUUAAAAGCAGGGAUCCUGGGAAAUUCCUAGCCCAGACAGAAAGGAGGGAAGAAUUACUGAAAGGAGAAAAAAAGG